GUCGCGGCGGCCGCCGACGAGGUGCAGACGCUGUCGGGCAGCGUGAGGCGGGCCCCGUCUGGACCCCCCAGCACCCCCAGCACCCCCAGCUGCGCAGCCGCUGCAAAGGGCCCCGGCGCGCAGCAGCCCAAACCGGCCAGCUUGGGCCGCGGGCGGGGGGCAGCAGCCGCCAUCCUCAGCUUGGGCAACGUGCUCAACUACCUGGACAGGUACACCGUAGCAGGCGUCCUUCUGGACAUUCAGCAGCACUUCGGGGUCAAGGACCGAGGCGCCGGCUUGCUGCAGUCAGUGUUCAUCUGCAGCUUCAUGGUGGCUGCCCCCAUCUUCGGCUACCUGGGCGACCGCUUCAACAGGAAAGUCAUCCUCAGCUGUGGCAUUUUCUUCUGGUCGGCCGUCACGUUCUCCAGCUCCUUCAUCCCCCAGCAGCACUUCUGGCUGCUGGUCCUGUCCCGGGGGCUGGUGGGCAUCGGUGAGGCCAGCUACUCCACCAUCGCACCCACCAUCAUCGGCGACCUCUUCACCAAGAACACGCGCACGCUCAUGCUGUCUGUCUUCUACUUUGCCAUCCCGCUGGGCAGUGGCCUGGGCUACAUUACUGGCUCCAGCGUGAAGCAGGCGGCUGGAGACUGGCACUGGGCCUUGCGGGUGUCCCCCAUCCUGGGCAUGAUCACAGGAACACUCAUCCUCGUCCUGGUCCCGGCCACUAAGAGAGGCCAUGCCGACCAGCUCGGGGGGCAGCUCAAGGCACGGACCUCAUGGCUCCGAGACAUGAAGGCCCUGAUCCGAAACCGCAGCUACGUCUUCUCCUCCCUGGCCACGGCGGCCGUGUCCUUCGCCACAGGGGCCCUGGGCAUGUGGAUCCCGCUCUACCUGUACCGCGCCCAAGUUGUGCAGAAGAUGGCGGAGACAUGCAACAGCCCGCCCUGUGGGGCCAAGGACAGCCUCAUCUUUGGGGCCAUCACCUGCUUUACGGGCUUUCUGGGUGUGGUCACGGGGGCAGGAGCCACGCGCUGGUGCCGCCUGCGGACCCAGCGGGCCGACCCACUGGUGUGUGCUGUGGGCAUGCUGGGCUCUGCCAUCUUCAUCUGCCUUAUCUUCGUGGCCGCCAAGAGCAGCAUCGUGGGGGCCUAUGUCUGUAUCUUCGUCGGGGAGACGCUGCUAUUUUCUAACUGGGCCAUCACUGCGGACAUCCUCAUGUAUGUGGUCAUUCCCACGAGACGGGCCACCGCGGUGGCCCUGCAGAGCUUCACCUCCCACCUGCUGGGGGACGCCGGAAGCCCCUACCUCAUCGGCUUUAUCUCCGACCUGAUCCGCCAGAGUACCAAGGACUCCCCGCUCUGGGAGUUCCUGAGUCUGGGCUACGCCCUCAUGCUCUGCCCCUUCGUUGUGGUCCUGGGUGGGAUGUUCUUCCUCGCCACUGCUCUCUUCUUCCUCAGCGACCAGGCCAAGGCUGAGCAGCAGGUGAACCAGCUGGUGAUGCCGCCCGCAUCAGUGAAAGUCUGAGGCAGUGCCGCUGGGACAAUGACGAACCCUUGCUCCCACCUAGUCUGGGAGGGGUCCUCCGGCAUCCUGGCCCUGCUGGGCUGUUCCAAAGCUUUCUGUGUGACCCACGGCUGGCCACCGACCCUCCCUGGUCUGGGACUGCUGAGUGGCUGUGGCUCCAUGAAGAGGCCAUGUCCUCAACUAACCUGGAAGGCUGUGUGUGCUGGCACCACGUGGUUGGACAGACUCCCAGUCCUGUGUUUGGGCUGCAGGGCCCCAGGGGCCCAGGGAGAAGACAGCCCCUAGUGGGUGUGUGGGGAGAGCCUGGCCUGACACCGGCUUAUGUGAUCCUGGGCAAGUCCCUGCCCUCCCCGGACCGUGGGGCCAGGGGGCUGGACUUUACCACGCAGCUUGCCGGGCACGGCACUGUCCACAGCUUAGAAGACCCACCCGCUCCUGGACCACACGGAGAAGAGGUGGCCCAGGCCUCAGAGUGGCGCUUCAGGCUCUGAGGCUCCCUGAAAGGCCUGGUGUGUGGUGACCACGGCUUUCUGACUGGGCCUCUGACCUCGAGGACGUUGGACUCAACCUGGCAGAGCCAGGCACCCAAGUCGCUGGGCACAUCCCAGCCUGGCUGGUCACUCUGGAGGACACUUGUCUCCACUGCCUUGGGCUGGCUCUCAGCCUGGACGUCUCCCACGUGGGGACCAUCCACAGACAGGGAGCUGGCAUCACCAGGGGUGAAGGCCCUGGUGGCAGCUCUAUACCACCUGUGCCCCAGGCUCGAGAUCUUUGGGGGUUGUCCACUCCUACAGGGCUCCUUGCAGCCUCUGCAGCAUCUCCUGUCCAUCUCCUCUCUGACCCCCAACAGAAGCCAGAACCAACUCUGGCCCCCAGGCUGGGCCCUUUCCAGGAGUGGAGCCCAGGGGACUAUUCCCAGAAUCCACGGGGCAGUAGCCAGGGCUCUGGCUGCCAGAGGAAGCAGCCAUCCACCAAGGUUCCUGUCCCAGGGAGUAGCCCGGUGGAGGUUGAAACCCACCGGGAGAGGCCAACACCCUAGAGCCACCUCCACCCAAAUGCCGGCUGCUGCUGCUCUCACGCACAUU